AUGGCGCAAUCGAUGAGAGUCAGCACACGUGUACUAGCUCGUAUGAGCUCCAGAACUUUGCAAGUUCCCCGUCGAAGCUUUGCAGUUUCGUCGGCUGCGAGAAUGCCCGAUCUGAUCCAAGAUCUGUAUCUCCGAGAAUUGAAAGCAUACAAACCUCCGCCACAGAAAGCGUCCGACGCCGAAGGCCACGUCCAGAAAUUCACACCCCCUCCAACCCCCAAGUCACCAGAAGAAACCAACCUGGCAAGCGAGAUGAAAGACUAUGAAAACCAAGCCGUCGAGGUCGAGGGACAGGCCGCGCCUGGUGAGAGCGCUGAACACAGCGAGGAGGAUUUCUUCGAGGACAUUGAGAAAAUAGACGAAGACGACGGUGCACACCAUUAA